UCGACCUAGGAGGUGUAACAGUGAGAUAGGAAAACACAUUAACGAGCUCAUCCUGCGCAAACAUGGAUUAAACUUGUCAUCCCUUUCAUGGUAGAUUAGGCAAAUAUCAAGAACGAGUUCAAAUAUCUUAUAAAUAUUUUACGAAUAUGUUAAACAUAUUUGUGAAUUUAAUAGCAUAUCACACGGAUAAUAUAAACUGGGAUGGCGGUAGUAGGGACAGCAGCGAGCAUGUGGCUCACAGAGAAUGGGGAAAUCAAACUGGCAAACAUUGAUCGUAUGCCAAUCCAUCAUAAGGCUACCGACAAACGAAGAGUGGCGCGCAGAAACAAGCCAUCCAGCGACGACCAAGUGAGUGCCCGCAGCCGACCGAUGAACAGGUUCAGACGAGGGUCCUCAAAGGCGGACCUGAAACCGGAAGUAGUAAGACCGACAACGCCCCGCUACAUGAAAGAGAAUUACGACUACGACAAAAGUAGCGCGAGCGAGGAGAGUGAUAAUGAUGAGGAGAAAGAACGACCGCGCAUUAAGCCACCUGACAUGUGCCAGAAGAUAUACCUGACAUCGUGCGUGAAGCAGGGCAUGGCACCACGUCAGCGUCUUCUGAAAGGGCUGACCUUAGAGGUUCUCGACGUCAGAAACUGUAUGCUGGCCCCGCACGACAUCGAAGCCCUCGCAUAUGCAUUGACGACGAAUAUGUGUGUGCGGACGCUUGAACUGAGCGGGAAUGAGGUUGGUCGGAGCGGUAUGGAAACUCUUGUGGACAUGCUGGAAGAAAAUAUGACUAUCACAGAACUGAAAUUGUCAAAUACCAAAAUUGGUUUGUAUGAGGUUACGUUAUUAACGGAGCUACUGUCUGAAAACCUGAGAAUUACAACACUAGAAGCUUCUGGUAAUGAUAUGGAUGACGAAUGUGCCAAAUGUUUUGCCGAAGCUUUAAAGUACAACCGGAAAUUAAAACGACUCGAUCUAAGUCAUAACAAGUUCGAUGAAAAUGGAGGAAAAUGUCUUGCCAGAAUAAUGGAGACAAAUGACUCAAUUGAAUACCUUGACAUGAGCUGGAAUCAUAUACGAAUGCUUGGAGCCAUGGCAUGGGGUGAAACGAUAUGUAGAAACGUAGAUUUACGUAACCUAAACCUUUCCUGGAACGGUUUCGGGGAUGAAGGUGCCGCUGCCAUUGCUGAAAGUCUUGAGGACAACACCACUUUGGUCACACUGGACCUGUCCAACAACAGGAUAGGAUAUGAGGGCUGCCGGGCAAUGGCAAAGGCUGUCGGUGCCAACACGUCGCUACAAAAACUCGCGCUAAGUCAGAAUCCUAUUACAACCCAAGGCGCCAUAGAGAUGCUAACACGACUGAAUGAUAACGAACAAUCAAAACUACAGGAGCUACUAUUGGAGGGAAUUCAAGUCACAUCUGAUGCUGAUGAUAUUUUCGAGGAAAUACGUGAAACACGACCGGAGUUCCGAUUUGUCCACGGUGGUCAUGUGAUAUCGCCAGAUAUACUGACGUUGAAAACUGUCGAUCAGCCAGAAAAAAAGUGCAGGAGCAGCAAAUCUUGAUGCACGUAUACAAACCAGAAAUAUCAGCAACCAAUAGCAAUCAAUCUAUUAAUAUUAGAAUGCGAAACCAAUUAAUCCAGAAACAUUAGAACGCAAAACCAAUCAUUUGAGCAAUUUUACCACGAUAAACCAAUUAAACAAGAAUCAGUAGCACGCACGCACAAUCAAUCAAGCAACAUGAGACCUGAAAUCAAUCAAUCCAGGAACAUAAGCAAGCACAAUAAUCAAACCAGCAACAUAAGCACGCAAAACCAUCUAAUUCUGCAACAUAAGCUCGCAAAAACUAGUCAGCCCAGCAAUAUAAGAAAGCAAAACCAGUUAAUCCAGCAUGAUACGGUCGCACAAACAGGAAUAUAACAACAUAGGCACGCAAUACUUAUCAACCCAGCAACAUAAGCAAGAAUCCAGAGCAGAUAGCAUGCAAAAAUAAUCAUUCAAACAAUAUAAGCACAUACAACUAAUCAUACCAGAAACAUAUGCACGCAAAAUAAAUAGACUGGGCAACAUUAGUAUGCAAAAAAUAAAACCAUAAACAUAAACACGCAAAACCAGUAAAUCACGCAAAAUUUACACGAAAAACCAAUCAAACCAGAAACAAAGGCACACAAACCAAAUCAAUCCAGCAACGUAAGAACGCAAAACUAAUCAUUCACGCAAUAUUAACACGCGCAACCCAUCAAUCCAGCAACAUAAGCACGCAAAACCAAUCAGUCCAUUAAAAUAAGCACGCAUAAACGGUAAAUCCAGACACAUUUGUAAACGGCUUCAUAAGCGGUUUAACCAGUUGAAGAAUACUGAAUGAUGCAACAUGACAGAUCCUCAUACUUGGCUUUUUCAUGAAGACUUUAGAUCCCUAUUGUGCUUCAUGUGUUUACAGACGAGUGUCGCCUUAUCAUUGAGUGUCAUGCUAGCACAUACAGAGUGAUGUGUUUUAUUCAACAGUGUUUAUGUGUUUACGAAAAUAAAAAUCGUUGAUAUGUAAUUAUUUUAUAAAAGUGUAUGCAUAUAUACAAAUAAACAGUAAUGGGCGCUGCAUUAUUGAUGUCAGACAGGACUUUAAUUAAACUAAUUUUAACAAGAUUUGCACGUACAUGUAACCAUAUAUCAACUUGAUGAAAAGGUUUGUAUUAAAAAUGAUUUCGUAUAAGGCAAAUUUCCAAAUUAACACACAAAAAUUAUGUUUGAAUCUAUUUUAAAGAUGCACUCUUACUCCCAAACAAGAUUUACCACAAUUAAAAGAAUUGUUUCAAUAUACCGAAAAGGAUGAACAAAUGUCGAAAACAAUGGUUCUUAUGAAGGAUACCUAGUGUAAUUUGAAAGAAAGGUGCAGAAAAUACGGAUUUCUACCUUAUGAGACGAUAGUAGAUCACAGUAAACAUUUUAGUACUCACCAAUCAUUUAAUAUUUUUGCGUUUUCAGCUAUUAAAUACACGGUUGCAAUUGUGUAAUCAGUAAUAAAUAUUUUCCAUAAAUGCAUUAUUUAGUAAGUAGUUAAAGGUUUAUGAUGUAAAAUGUAUGUUUGUUAUACAUGUGUUUGUAUGAUUUUGAAUAAGAGUGUCACUUUAA